AUGACUGUUCGUUUACCCGUGGAUAAAUUAUCACGAUUGAAUAAUCUGGUCUAUGCCCUCUCAGGAAAAGUAUCUGGCUCUAAACGUCAACUGCAAUCUUUAGCGAGAUCUUUCAACUUUGCGUGUCAGGUUGUCCAUGGGGGUUGUACUUUCCUCCGUCGCGAGACUGAUUGUUUCAAUAAGUUAAAACGCCUCUCUCAUCGGUGUCGUUUGACAUCUGACACCCGUUCUGAAAUCUCGUGGUGGAAAGAUUUUCUUGUCACGUUCAACGGCCGUCGAGUGAUGCUCCAUUUUCGCCAGUCCUAUUGCAUUCGAACGGAUGCAUCCUUCUAUGGUUUUGUAGCUGUCUCUCCUGACGACUGUUUUGUCGGCUCUUGGGCGGCUUUCCCCACAGACGCCGCCAACUCACGCUUAUUUCCAUCUCACUGGUGUUUUGCUGGUCACGUUAUCGACCCGUCACAUCUUUCAAAUAUCAGUUUCUUGGAGCUUUUCCCGAUUUUUACCUCUGACCGCCGUUUAGGUGCCGUUUGGACCAAAGAAACGUGUUUUCGUAGAAACUGA